AAAUUUUCUGCAAGUCAUAGACGCCACGUUUUUGUAGUUCGGGGGUUAAACUACAUUUCCCAUGACUCAUCAGGCCGGAAGUCGGAGUCAGCUGACGUUCGAGUUCUGCAUUUGGAAGUUGGUUGCUAAAGUCUCGCUGUCAUUUAAGACGUUUAUUGGGUUUAUUGUCUUUUUUUUUGUACAUUAUGUUGCGUCCUAAAGCAUUAACUCAAGUACUCAGUCAAGCAAAUACAAGUGGAGUACAAAGCACACUACUAUUGAAUAACGAAGGCUCUCUGCUGGCCUAUUCUGGAUAUGGAGACACAGAUGCAAGAGUCACAGCAGCUAUCGCCAGCAACAUCUGGGCGGCAUAUGACAAAAACGGGCACCAGGCCUUUAAUGAAGACAAACUGAAAUUCAUUCUGAUGGAUUGUAUGGAGGGAAGGGUGGCCAUUACACGUGUCGCAAACUUAUUGCUUUGCAUGUACGCCAAAGAGACCGUAGGAUUUGGCAUGCUUAAAGCCAAGGCCGAAGCUUUAGUGCAGUACCUUGAAGAACCACUAACACAAGUGGCAGCAUCAUAAGGAGUUUUUAUUCUUCUGAAACAUGUAUUUGUGUACAUUGAAUUCUGAUCUUUAAGAUGUGGAGAUAUCAUUUUUAUGGCUUUAUUUAUUUGUCUACAUUAUAGGUUGAGUGACCAUCACACUUUUCAUAAGCAUAAAUUCAUCUGAAUUGCAGUUUUUUUAUUUUCUUGUUUCUUAUUGCAGUCUGUGAUCAAGUUGCAUCUAGUGCUUGUCCGAAUAAGUAUUACAUUUCUUUCUUGUUUUUUCUGUUGUUACUGUUUUUCUUGCCUCAAAUAAAUAAAUAAAAUAGUUACUUUAUGCUCA